AUGCCUGAAAUCCAGUCCUUCGUCACGGAGACGUUCACCUUUCUCUCCAUCGGGAUACUGGUCAUCGGCCUGCGAACAUUUUCCAGGCUCAAGAUGUUUAGAGUCCACAGACUCUGGGCCGACGACUAUCUGAUGCUGCUGGUGAUCGUGCCGUACACGGUAGAAAGCGUCCUCGCUUAUCAGGUCGCCACCAAAUAUCACGGACUGGCCAACAGUGGGAUGACAGACGAGGCGCGCGCGACGCUCUCGCCAGAUGAUGUUGAGUACAUGUUAAGAGUUGGAGGCUCCAGGACCCAGAUCGCCGGUUGGUGCAUGUAUACGACGGUCCUGUGGACCAUCAAGGCGAGUCUGUGCACUUUCUAUUUACGACUCACUUUCGGUCUCAACACUCUUCGAAACGCGAUAUAUGUAGGCUUUGGACUGAUACUUGCCACCUACAUUUGCCUCAUUGCCAUAUUUCUGGGCACUUGCCACCCGUUCCAUCGUAUGUGGCAGAUAUACCCGGAUCCGGGAAAUGUAUGCCAGCCUGGAAUAUCAAGAAUAUACAUCUUGUCCACCGUCACAUUGAACAUCAUCACAGAUCUUUACAUACUCUUGAUAACGAUCAUGAUGUUACGGGGCACAAACAUCCCGAUUAUCAAGAAAAUAGGCGUUUUCGUCCUAUUUUCGGGUGGCCUAUUCGUUAUGGCGGCAGGGCUUCUGCGCUGUUUCAUUAUCCUCAAAGAUCCCCUCAAUGGCCCAUCUCAAGCUGCAUUGUGGGCGAUGCGCGAAACAUUCGCCGCCGUUGUGACCUCUAAUCUCCCCAUCAUAUGGGGUUGGGCACGCCAAAAGCUGAAGCCAUACUUGGGCUCUCUUCUUUCAUCUGUUAACAGCAAUACAAAGGUACAUGGCACUCUAGUGAUCGCCGACCAGGCUGGUAAAGACUCAAUAGUCUCGAGCAAAUGCCAACACGGAAACGCAUAUUCUCAGACGAAUGGCCGGCUCAAACACGAGACAGAUGUCGAGAAUAUGGAUGGCUUCAGCUCGGACAGUAUAUCACCCUCUUCUAACCCUGAUUGGUUGCAAAUCCGGCCGGCUAGAUUAUCCACGACAAAAACGUUCUAUGCUGAGGUUCUGGAAGGCGUGGAGGUUGCAGUUGGACCAAGUACUUUGUCUACACCACUGGAGCCUAUACCUCCAGCGAAAAUGAAAUCAUCCCUGGUGUAG